AUGAAUAUCGAAGAGCAGUGUCUAGAUUUGUGCAACGUCAAGACAAAAAGCAAUGUGGACGAUGAUCACAACACUACCAACAACACUGAAGGGGUCACCCCCCGGAUUUCUGAACUGAUGACGGACAGUACCACAGAAAUACAAAACAUUGUUCCAACAGGGGCCCCAGAAACAUACCUGAUGCCUCAGCUCACUGACAACCUUCAGGCAGCUGAGGAGGACAAUCACCAGGCACAAGACACACUGGAAAUUGAUGAGGUCAAUGGAAAUACAAAAGGCAGUGCUCAAGACACCCCCGCUGUUGUGAAUCCUACUGACUUGAUAUUUUCUAAUGAUGAGCAGCACAAGGAUGAUAUUGUGGUUGAGAAAAUGAAGGAAGAAAAAGACACUGAUCCUGCAACAUUUGUUGUUGAAGAAGGGGAUGAUGGUGGGGACAUGGACAUAGGUGUGGAUCUGAGUCUUGAUGAGAGUGGGGUGUUGGAGGCGGAAUCAACAAAUGUCCAAUCUUUUUCAGACAAUAUUUUAGACUCGGAGUCCACGUCUCAGGAUGUCCCAGCUGGCAGCAUGGCAGAGAGCCUUUCAGAUGCAGGCCAGACAGGCAGCACAGAAGCCUCUAACACGGGCCCGGCUGGACUGUACCCUUCAGUGGAGGAGGGGGACGAUAAACACAAACCAACUGGCAAAACGGUGACUUUUCCCUCAGAUGAGGAUAUUAUAUCUGGAGCAGUGGAGCCCAAGGACCCCUGGAGGCAUGCUCAGAAUGUGACGGUGGAGGAGAUCCUCUCUUCCUACAAACAAGCCUGUCAGAAACUCAACUGUAAACCCAUAUCCAAAGUGCUCAAACAGAUACAGGAACUGAAAGACCUGACUCAGCGCAAUGAAUGCUUGGAUCUAAAAGGUGAGAAGCUGGACUACAAAGCAUGUGAGUCUCUGGAGGAGAUUUUGAAGAGGGUCCAGUUUAAAGUGAUAGACCUGGAGCAGACCAACCUGGAAGAAGAUGGUGCGUCAGCUCUGUUUGACAUGAUCGAGUACUACGAGUCCGCCACACAUCUCAACAUCUCCUCCAACAAGCACAUCGGCACCCGGGGAUGGCAGGCCGCCGCUCAUAUGAUGAGAAAGACGAGCUCCCUGCAGUACCUGGACGCACGCAACACUCCUCUGCUGGACCACUCGGCUCCCUUUGUGGCACGAGCGCUCAGAAUCAGCGGCAGCCUGGCAGUGCUCCACCUGGAGAACGCCGGUCUGUCGGGCAGACCGCUCAUGUUACUGUCCACGGCUCUGAAGAUGAACAUGAACCUGCGGGAGUUGUACCUGGCAGACAACAAGCUCAACGGCCUGCAGGACUCGGCUCAACUCGGCAACCUGCUCAAGUUCAACUACAACAUUCAGAUUCUGGACCUGCGCAACAACCACAUCCUGGACUCUGGUCUGGCCUACGUGUGUGAAGGGCUAAAAGAGCAGAGGAAAGGCCUCGUCACUUUGGUGCUAUGGAACAACCAGCUCACACACAAUGGCAUGGGCUACCUCGCUGCUGCACUGCCAUGCACGCAGAGUCUGGAGACCCUGAACCUCGGCCAUAACUCUGUGGGUAACGAAGGGGUCCACAAGCUGAAAGACGGACUGAUUGGAAACCGCUCUGUGCUCAGGCUGGGCCUCGCCUCCACCAAACUGUCGUGCGAAGGAGCUGUGGCUGUGGCUGAAUUCAUCGCUGAGAGUCCCAGACUGCUGCGCCUGGACCUUCGAGAGAAUGAGAUAAAGACGGGCGGACUGAUGGCCCUGUCGCUCGCUCUCAAAGUCAACACCUCUCUGCUGCGCCUGGACCUGGACCGGGAGCCCAAGAAAGAAACUGUAAAGAGCUUCAUUGAGACCCAGCGUGCCCUGCUGGCUGAGAUCCAGAACGGCUGCAAGAGGAACUUCAUUCUGGCCAAGGAGAAGGAGGAAACAGAGCAGAUGAUGAGGCAGUCGGCGUCCAUGGCUGAAAUCGCUACAGAGGAUGGGACCAGAGAAGAAGAGGAGGGGGAGGAGCCAGCAGCAGAGGACAGAGGGGACGCAAAGGGGAAAGAGGGAGAGGGAAAAGUUGAAGCAACAGCAGAUGAAGCACAGACAGUCAGCCAAUCAGGAGAGGGCACCGAGACGAGCAUUCCUCAGAUGAUCCUGGACUCGGACUCGGACACUGAUGAUGAGGACGGAGAGGAGGUGGUAACGAAGUCCUCUUCCACAUCAAACUCCUCCACUCGCUUUAGCCAGACUUCUGCUCAAACCCAGACCACCCAGCCCCCCCCCAGUGCCUCAGCCACAUCCUCCCCCCCACCUGCCUCACCCGCCCCUGGGCCCAGCGUUAUUUCAGGCAUCACCGUCACAGAGGCAACAGUUCCCCCCGGGACCCCUCCCUCUCCUGGGCGCUGUAUAUCUGUCUCUAGUCCAGGGAGGGGGCACAAGAUCUUCAUGGUAACUCGGGUGGAGAGCCCCCCUGAGCAGCAGCAGCAGCAGCAGCAGCAGCAACAACAACAGCAGCAGCAGCUUCAGCUUCUUCAACCUCUGACGAGAGCCCCUGCAGUCCCCCGCCAGCCGAAAGAGGCCUCAGAGAAGCCUGUAGACGUGAACACACCCUCAACAAAGCAGACCCCGCCUUUAUCCCAAACACAAGUGACCCAGGAGGAGGUGAAGGAGACCCCAGCUGCUCCGUCAACAGACUGUACGCUCGCAGAGGAGAGUCCUGUCGCGCUAGAUACUGAGAUAGAGCCAGAGUCUACGAGUCCACCCUCAGAGGAGGUGACAGCCAGCACUUUAGAUCCAGAGGAGACAGACCCAAGUCAACAAGCACCAGCUCUGCCUUCAGACUCCUCAUUAGUGCAGGAGGCAGCGCUUCAGCACACUGAGGAGGAGGAGGAGGACGAGGAGGAGGAGGCAGAGAGCAUUAAAGACUCCAAACAUGAGCCCACUGGUGAAGAAGGAAAAGAGGAAAGAGAGGAGGGGAAGGAAGAGGAAGGCCGUUUAGAGGGUGAGACAGGGGUGAGCACAGAAGGAGAGUGUACACUUUUAGAGGAACCGAGUCAAACUGAGACUAGUAUCCCUGCGGCUCAAACAGAGCAGCAGCAGGAAGAGAUACAGGAGGAGGUAGAGUCUGUCUCAGAGGAGCAGCAGGCGCCGAACCAAACAGAAGAAGAAGAAGAAGAGAAGGAGACACUUCCACUACAGGAAGAACAGGAAGCACCAGCCAACCUUUCAGAAACUGAACAACCCAGUUUAACAGACAUAGGGGACAGCCAACCAACACAAGAGGAACCAUGUCCAGAGCAGGAAACUGAGGGCGAUGAACAGGAAGUAGAGCCUGUCCUCUCUGUCCAGACUGAGGAAGCGUCUGUCUCUCAGGGAGCAGCUCAGGAGUUAAACCCUGGAGCAGGAGACGCCUCACAGAGGACCGAACCUGCCGCAGCCGAGUCCGUCUCUCCAGUCCAAGACGAAGACUCACUGGAGGAGAGCUCUGCGGACGAGGACGAGGUUUUCGCCGAGGCUCCGGAGGAACAGAUCAUCGCUUCAGCUCUACCCAACGGCCUGAAGCCAGAGUUCUCCCUCCAUCUCCUCGACGCUGAGAGCCCAAAGCCCGGCAGCUGUGUGAUGGAGCACGUGAGUGUCAGCUGCGGACAGGAGCUGGAGGAGCUGCUGCUGGAAGCCAGUUUGGAGACGGGGAGAGACGCACCAUGAGGUCGUGAGGGACGGUGAAGACAAAAAGCACUUGGAUAGUUUGUCUGGCUCUACCACGUGACCUGCAUUGCCCUACAAUGUUUUCGUCAUUCCUUUGACUUUACCACCAACACGACCUUUCCAUAAGGCCAGAAGAACUGGUGUUACAGCCGAAGCUCUACACAAGCAAAUCAUGGAAAGACACAGGAGGACUAAAAUCUACUUUGGAGCUUUGCUGUGACAAAUAAGGAACCUUUCACAUCCACACUACAUCAACCACUGAAACACAUACAUAUGCACACUAUGAGGACGAGGGGGGUAAAGGAAUAAAAUCACACUGUCAUCACUA